AUGACACUGUUGUCGAACGUCACGAAUACGGUGAAGUUAUUCAACGUCAAGGCGAUCAAUAAACUAAUUAAACUAUGCCAUUCCGGAAGAGAUAAAACAAAGAAUAAUACACAAACUAUUCAAUCAUUCUUGGCAAACAAAGAAACUCGAAAGCAUCAAUUUUCGUUAAUUCACCAUUUUGCUGAUUCUGUAUUAAUGAAGUUUAUUCGGUUUUUGUUUGCCUCUCUAACAAAUACAAGAAGUUUUUCUUCUCGAUCAAUCGAUCGUAUUGUGGACUACAGAGCAACUACUUGUGACCUCUUUCACCCAACGAAAACUCAUUCACAUGGCAACAAUGUUCUGGAUCAGGAAUCAGUCCGCGUACGAGAAUUUGUCAUUGCCUUUCGAGAAUUGGCUAAGUUUUUCAACCAUCUCAAUGUUGUUUUCUCCUUCGUUGCCAAUGACCUUCAUGACAAAUUCGAUCUGCUGGAUGGUUGUGUAAAACAUCAUCCCGUACCAUUCGAAACUGUUCAAACAACAAUCGAACACGAAAGAAAUCGCGACGAUAAAAGUGGAACAGUUGCAAUUCUACGUUUAUUACGAGCAUUGGAAUUCACUUAUCUGUUCCUUGAACGAGCCAUUGUUUCGCCGACAGAUUCCAAAUCAACCAAGCAUGUUGCCUGGGAUGUCUAUAAGCAAACUUUACACAAACGACAUAAUCGAGCAGUGCAGGCAAGCAUCUGGCUUGCUACGGCGACAAUCCCAAAGCGAGAUGCCUUGAAAGAGAUCUUACUUCGUGGUGAAGUCGAACCUGAUACGGCUGAUAGAUGUUUUCCAUUAAUCGGAAAAGUCUAUCGUCAAAUAUACAGAAUCUAUGAACAAAAUCAACUUCUCGAAUUAGUACCACUGUGA